AGAGUAGGGAAAUUAUCAUUUCAUUCUUUGCACUUUUUUCGGGAAAGCCUCCCCAUCCACUCAUCAUCCACCAUGGCGACUGCUGCUGCUGUUAAGGAACUGCAGCUCCCCGAGGCAUCCCAUGUUGACUUGCUGUCUGCUACGACGACAAGGCGAAAGAGAAAGCGUGUGUCGGUUAUAGCGGAUCCCUAUGCCAGACUUGCGGCUGCUAAUAAUAAUCAUGGACCAUCUGCCGAUAGCAGUGGUACUGCCAAGAGUGGUCGAGGAACCGAGGCUGGCUGGACUCACUGUCCCAUGUGCUUUCCUCUCUCCAAAAAAGUCUUUGCGAGAGGCCGUGGCAUUGCAUCGCAUCUCCAUUCGGUGCACACUCCCUGGAAGGCACCAAGCAAGGCAGAACGCAAGAGAAGACGGAAACUACAGGAACAAAAACAACGGCAGCAGAAUGGUGUGAUUGAAGGAGCAGUGGUAGAAGUACAACAGCAGCAGCAUCCAGAGUCGUGGGAUCCCACCGACAAGGACGUGGAAGAAUGGAAUUCCAAAGUACUGGAGAUGGUACAGAGCUUGGAAGAGCAACCACUGCUGUCAUCCAACAACAAACACAAAAACAGUUCUGCAGCAAAGCAACAACAAUCAUCACAAACUUCUGGUGUAGAUCGGAAUGGCCAAGUCGCCAAAUCCUACAAGGCCAGUUUGCCACCAUUUCUGCAGGCAGCCGCCGAUGGCAAUCUCGACACACUAACAGCCAUGCUGGGAAACAAUACAAAAGACAAAAUAAUGGCCCUGUUGAAUCAAACCGAUCGUCAUGGAUCUAUUGCCGAACAUUGGGCAGCUGGUGGUGGCCAUUUGGAUUGCUUAAAGCUAUUGAAAGAAACUCGACGACAACAACAACAACUUGCUACCGACAACAACAAAGACAACCAUGAUGCAACUACUGCUACUGCUACACACGGCGAUGCCGAAAAUGGCCCAAAACUGCGACGACGAGAUGGAAAAACGUCAUUGCAUUACGCAGCGCGCAAUGGCCAAGUCAAGUGUAUCGAAUACUUGCUACAAAAUGGACAUGCCGUAGAUGAAGUGUCGGGUGACGGAACCACUCCCUUUCAUUUGGCUUGCUUUGGAGCACACACCCAUGCCAUGGAACUGCUGGUCAAUCAGUAUGGGGCAUGCCCUGGCAAACCCAAUGAGUGGGGUUGUACGGCGGCCCACUGGGUGGCCAUGACCAAAUGUGAAUCUACGGAACAAGUGAAACAAGCAUGUCAGCUCUUAUCGACAACCUUUGGGGUCAGUUUUGCCACACGGCAAAGUCAGGGACAUUCGCCGCUGCACAAAGCGGCACAACGACAAAAUCGAUGUGUCAUUGAGUGGCUUGCCAUGAGCCAAACGGAUGGUGGCGCUGGUCUUUUAUUUUCAGAACGACGGUUUGCUGGCCAGCCGGAUGAGGGAGGAUACACUCCCAGUGAUAUUUGGAAUAGUGUUGGAGGGGAUCGAUUGUUUGGAGAGUGGAUGAAGAAUGAGAUGGGGUGGUAGCUGUGGUUGCGAGGAAUAUGGAGAAUGCCAAUUGAUCAUUCAUAUUAAGAAUCCGACAUCCAAAUGCUGAUUCUUGAGAAUCGAAUCCGAAUCCUCAAUCGCAUUCCAGCCACAUGAUGCCUUCCCCACAUGGGAUGCAUACCCGUAUGCAUAUAGUACCGUACGCGUACUGAGUGACAUUGUCUUCAGUUCCAACAAGCUGGCUGGAGCAUUUUCAGUGGAACGGCUGCACUUCCAUACGGUACAGUACUAGACUACCGUGUCUUCGCUACAGAUUGCAAACAAAAUUGCUACUAGUAUUGAUAGCUAUGGGAUUCCAACCUCGUCCAUCACCAUACCACAACUGCCCACAGGAUCGAAGAGUCGUUGUCUCGGCGCUCUGUAUUUAGCAGUUACCGUAGCCACCA